UCGUAUGAUCUCAUAACAAACAAGAUGGCGGACAGAAUUUUACUAAACGCCACUAAAGGAAAACCUAAGACAUUAAACCUUUGCAAUAAAAAUUUAGAACGUGUUCCCCCUAUAAUAGGAACAAUAACAUCUCUAAAAACAGUUGACCUAAAGAAUAACCAACUARCAGGGCUGCCAAAGGAAUUUGCUKCGUUAAAUCAGCUUGAAUCCUUGAAUUUUGGAAAUAACCAACUUGAGGAACUCCCUGGAGCUUUAUAUUUUCUCGAAAAUUUGCAAAAACUUCAUCUUUUUAAAAACUUACUGAAAGAACUGGAUCCCUCUGUCCUAUGUGGUCUACAGAGGUUAACAUUUUUGAAUCUUAAUGGGAAUUUGCUCUCUUCUAUACCUCCAGAGAUAAACAGACUUGUAUCAUUACAGUUUCUCAGUCUUGAUGGUAACCGUUUAACAGAGGUUCCCACGGAGAUCUGUCAUUUGAUAAAUCUUAAUGAACUGCAUGUUGCAAACAACCUAAUAAAGAGUCUUCCAGAAGAUAUUGCAUUUCUUAGAAGUCUUAAAAAGUUAUAUGCCUACAAAAACUAUAUUGAAGAAUUACCUGAGGGUCUUACAAAAUGUACAAGUCUUGAGUUACUUGAUAUUUCAGCAAACAGACUGAGAAUCUUUCCAGCAGAGCUUUCACGCUUACCUUUGAAAGAACUGUAUUGUGAAGAGAAUAACCUCCUGCGACAUAUUCCUGUACACUCUCAGCAAGAAGAUGAAGUUCURACAUUGAAGGAAAUUACUGCACGAUUUGUUCUUAAAGGCCUCAAGGAUGGUCGUUCAUAUGUCAGAAGGUUUAUUCGACAUUUCCCCAAGAUACAAGAAAUGCUGCAGUAUGGAAGUGAGUGCGCAGUUUGUGGAGAGUCAUUUUUAAACACUUGGUUGGAAUGUGUUCAUUUUGUGGAUGCCAAAAAGAGUCUACAUACCAAAACAAGUACACGAAUUAUCCCUGUCAGGGGUCUGCUGUGUUCAUACAAGUGCUUUAACUCAGAAGGUCAUGAUUACUUUGGCAUUGCGCAUGUUGAAGGAACGUAAUGGAUGAAGGGCGUGGCACUGUUCAUACCGAGAACGCUUCCUCAAUUUUAAAGGAUGUGAAAUAGCUUAAAAUCAGUCGUUGUGUUGUAUUACAUUGUCUACUUCAAAUGUGUCUCCCCAGUUUUCAGUGAUUAACAAGAUCACAAUAAUAAUAAUCAGAUUGUAAAUGAGUUUUAUAUGACAUAAAUAAAGAAGUAUUAAAAACAAUUUGGCAAUACAACCAACAAAUAUAGAAUUAC